AUGCAGGUGAUCUCUGACGAGAAACGAUAUAGGGUCAACUCGGCAGCGUGCCAAGGUCUGAGCGUGGUUCGUGAAGCGCAGGCCCAAGAGGUCUGUGCUUCAGAGCUGGUCCCCGGCCACCUCCCAAACGAGGAGGUGGAAGCUCGUCACGGGCGACUAUACGGACACGCCAAGAAAGUCGUGCACCGAGCCCGACCCGCGAGGCACCGGGCAGGGGGCAAGGACGCCGUACCAGACGACGCCUUGCAUCCCCUGGCCCGCCCGCGCCAGGCACCAGCAGCUGCUAAAUGGGACUGGGUGGGCACGAAAGGGCGUGUGCGGGCCCAAGGCCCAUGCUGGCGGCCAUCUUGCCCAAGUCCCGACAGCUGUAACGCAGGUGCAGAGUGUCCGGUGCAUCUGCGACUGCAAGAAGUUCACGGCCAGGACACGGAGCCGUACCUGCGAGCCAUGCUCGCUGGGGGGCCGUUCCACCCCUUUAGCAGGCACGCAAACCUCAACGAGGUUUCGAAACGCUUCGGGAGAGAUGUUCUGGCGGACUACCCCUUGCCGGUAGCCCCGGACCAUGUGCGGAAAGCCAAGCACACCUGCCGCCGGCCCGAUUGCCCCUACCGCGCGUGCAGGGGCGGCGAAUGCGAGCGCCGUGUGCAGGUUCUCAGGGGGGCCGAAAUCCCUGAACUCCAAGAGGAGUAUCAGGGUGAGGUCCCGCCGCACAUCUUGUGGGGCGAAGAAGAAGCGGCACCAGGGCCACCGAUCCGCCCUCCACUGGAGGAGCGGAUCGCUGAAGCGUUUGAUGGCCUGAACAUGGAUCAGGAAGAACGCUUGGACCCGAAGAAGUGCUGGAACGCCUGGAACAGACGAAUCUUAUCCUGUCUUACUGCGUGCCAAGGUCUGAGCGUGGUUCGUGAAGCGCAGGCCCAAGAGGUCUGUGCUUCAGAGCUGGUCCCCGGCCACCUCCCAAACGAGGAGGUGGAAGCUCGUCACGGGCACCGGGCAGGGGGCAAGGACGCCGCGCCAGACGACGCCUUGCAUCCCCUGGCCCGCCCGCGCCAGGCACCAGCAGUGCAGAGUGUCCGGUGCAUCUGCGACUGCAAGAAGUUCACGGCCAGGUUCUCAGGGGGGCCGAAAUCCCUGAACUCCAAGAGGAGUAUCAGGGUAAGAAGCGGCACCAGGGCCACCGAUCCGCCCUCCACUGGAGGAAGAACGCUUGGACCCGAAGAAGUGCUGGAACGCCUGGAACAGACGUUAAAGGAUUUGAGGGAGUUGAAAGUCACCAGCAGUGCGUUGGGCUUCGGCGUCAGCGUCGCGGGCUCGAUUCCCGGCGCGGCGCUUUUCGCCGAGGAUAUUCAGCUCUUCCUGGCCGGCAAGUCGUUGAAGUAUUGCACCUCGCCGGGAAGAAACAAUGCAGCCACGUUCAAACGCUGUUUGCGUAGGCAAAUUGAAAACAACGAGUUGCCAGACAGGCGCAAGCAGCACCAACCUGGAAAGCUCAUCGACAUGCCUCAGAGUCUUUGUGAAUCCAGAGACGAUGAUGUGGAGAUUGGCAUCAACACAGAAGAAAUUUGGACGGAAGAGAAGGAGAUGCAGUUCCCCACUUUGACGGGGCAAGCGAGCAAGUCGACUGGCAACGAAGCUCAGCUUUUGCCAUUUCUGAGGCGCGUCUUGCCUCUCUUCGAGGCAUCGAUUCAGGAAAUCAAUCGUCGGGAUGGCAUCUUGCCACCGCCCUCGGAUGAAGCGCUAGGGCAAACCCUGGUACGCUGUACUCUGCCGGAGACUUUUGUCUCCACCUUCCUAGGUGCACCUGCGGCUGUACAAGAUCUCACGCUUGUGCCGCAGUGGUAUGGUGCGGAUCAUGCUCUCGCGCUGUACACCUGGCCGGAGGCUCCAAGGCCCCCAAUAGAGGGUGGCAGCACGUUGAGCAGCUUCCUGCGUCCGUUGCGGUCCUUGGUGGGUCUUCAUCCGUUGAUGCUGGGAGGUUCAUCAAUUUCGGCACGACCUGCAAGAUGUUUAUAUUCCUUUUGCCAACUCACAUCGUUGACAGUGGUCAAUGGGAGGUCCCAUUUGAUCGUUGCUGGAUCCGAGAGCGGCUCCCUUCUGGUCUACGAUCUCCGCGUGCGCGCGAGAAGCCCUGCGGAACUCCUGGGGGACAUGGAAGGUUUACCUCCAAAUCCUGACCCGGACGUGGAUCACUUCCAGGGUGCAGUUUGGUUGCCUUCCGCCUUCUCUACCGAUGUCUUCGUUUUGCCGUCUGGGCUGAAAGGGUUGGGAUCCCCAAAAGCCGUGAUGGAUCUGCCUCCGGAUCCCCAAAGUGCGCUUGGAGGCUUGAUGAUGACAUCGUGCAACGCGGCGAAAGAGAUUGGUGAGUCAGUGGGUCAAUGUUACAAUAAACUGCAUUGUUGGAUGAAAGAUGCUGAAAGCAAUGGGAACCAUUGGGAUGCCCGAAUCGUGGAAUCCAUGAAGGACAUCGUCAGUUUCCAUCUGGGCAGAGAUUGGGCAGUCUGCAUCUCGGAGCAGACGGCAGAGCAUUUGAUCUCUGAGGCCCGCAAGUUCGGGAAUGAUGUGGAUGCUGCCAAGUGGAUUCCCAAUGAGCAACGGAAGAAUGAUUACAUCCAGCUUGUGAAAGACUGGGCGGCAUAUCAUGGACUCAGUUUACCAUCCACACAGGCAAGGAGGAAGCGGAAACACGGGUGCUUCAAUGAACAAGCCUGGGGGGCACUCUCGGCAGAUGAGCAAGCACCUUGA